UAAUUUCAAUUGCAAUGGAUUUGACUUGGCUUUUUCAUUUUUAUUCUUUCUUUUGCUUUUAUUAAUAUAUUUUACCAACAAUUUUGCAGUUUUAACAGUAGUACUUGGCACCACCACAUUAUAUGUCGGUUGUCUAAUAGCUUCUCGAGUUUUGCAUGACAGCAUGCUUAUGAAUAUAAUGCACGCCAAAAUGAGCUUCUUUAAUGUUACCCCUUGUGGGCGAAUAUUAAAUAGAGUUGCUAAAGAUGUUGACAUUAUUGACAUAACAUUGCCUCCAAUAUUGCUGUCAUGGAAUAGAUGUCUAAUUAUGGUUGUUGGUACUUUGGUUGUMAUCAGUUACAGUACACCCGURUUCAUAGCUGUGAUAAUUCCUAUUGGUAUUAUUUAUUACUUCAUACAGAGAUUUUACGUUGCAACAUCACGUCAGCUAAAAAGACUUGAAUCUGUAUCUCGUUCUCCAAUUUAUUCACAUUUUAGUGAAACAGUUACAGGAGCGUCAUCCAUUCGUGCUUAUGGUGCGGAAUCCAAAUUUAUUCUUCAAUCUGAACAAAAAGUAGAUUUUAAUCAAACUUGUUACUAUCCGAGUACAGUGGCUAAUAGAUGGUUAGCUGUAAGGUUAGAAACAAUUGGUAAUUUUAUUAUUUUCUUCUCGUCGGUAUUCUCAGUAUUGGGAAGAGACACAUUGAGUCCAGGUAUUGUUGGUUUGUCCGUCAGUUAUGCUCUACAGAUCACACAAACACUCAAUUGGUUGGUUAGAAUGACUUCUGAAGUUGAAACUAAUAUUGUAGCYGUUGAACGUAUUAAAGAAUAUGGAGAAACACCUCAAGAAGCACCGUGGGACGUACCAUCCAAUUUACCACCCAAAGAAUGGCCAACCAGUGGAAAAGUUCAAUUUAAAAAUCUUAAAGUUCGUUAUCGUGAAGGAUUAGACUUGGCAUUGAAAGGCUUAGAUAUUUUAGUAGAAGGAGGCCAAAAGGUGGGUAUUGUUGGACGUACAGGAGCUGGUAAAUCUUCUUUGACUCUCAGUUUGUUCCGUAUUGUUGAAGCUGCUGAAGGAUCAAUUCUUGUUGAUGGUGUUGAUAUAUCUAACAUUGGUUUGCAUACAUUACGUAGCCGUCUCACAAUUAUUCCACAGGAUCCAGUAUUAUUUUCUGGUACAUUAAGGAUGAAUUUAGAUCCAACUAAUAGUAAUACAGAUGAGCAGCUUUGGAAUGCCUUAGAACUAGCCCAUUUAAAAACACAUGUCAAAGGGCUAGUAGGUGGUUUGGAUUAUGAAGUGUCUGAAGGAGGAGACAAUCUUAGUGUAGGCCAAAGGCAAUUAGUAUGUUUGGCUAGAGCAUUGUUAAGAAAGACAAAGUUAUUAGUGUUGGAUGAAGCAACAGCAGCAAUAGAUUUGGAAACAGAUGAUCUAAUACAAACAACCAUACGAUCAGAAUUCAAAGACUGCACAGUAUUGACAAUUGCUCAUCGCCUAAACACAAUCAUGGAUUCUGACAAGGUAAUAGUUUUAGAUAACGGUUUCAUGGUUGAAUACGACUCACCGGCUAAUUUACUGCAAGAAAAAUCAUCAGUUUUUUACUUGAUGGCAAAGGAUGCAGGUCUAGUUCAAUGAAGGUGUUCAAUUCAAUCUCACGUGCCGUGUCAACCUGAAUAAAUUUGUUCAUUUUGCGGUUAAAUAAUCAUAAUUUUGUUUUUAUUAUUUUUUGUCACAGAUUGAUAAUCAAACUAUUACAUAGUAUACUUAUAACAGUAAGAUGAUGUUUUAUUAAUGAAUUUUUUUAUUUUAAAUUUUGUUUUUAAUAUUAAGCCGUCCUUGUUAUAUCAAAUACUUGCCAUUUGAUUAGGGUUUUUCAAUGUUAAUUUUUAUAUUUAUGUAAACAAGUGGCAUACAUAUGUUACUGUUAUAAAUUAUUCAGUGU